AUGUUGCUGCUACGCCGCCUCUUUCCCAUGACGACGUCUGUCCGAACCCCAUGUCGACCCACGCUCCACGCUUUCUUCAGCACAACCAUCAUUAUUUCUCAGAAACCACUCCCACCACGACCCACGAUCCUCGAAACCGACAUCACAGAAGCCUUUCUCAAAGGCACUGGUCCUGGCGGCCAAAAGAUCAACAAAACUUCCUCGGCGGUACAGCUGAAACACUUACCUACCGGCAUUGUAAUAAAAUGCCAGGAAACUCGUUCCAGGACUCAGAACCGCAAAAUUGCACGUCGCAUAUUGGCCGAGAGAAUCGAGCUCUUGGUCAUGGGAGAUGACAGUCGCGCCGCCGUGAAAGCCGAGAGGGAAAAAAAGAAAAAGGCUAGCAAGAACAAGAAGGCCAGGAGGAAGUACCGCAAUCUCGAGCAUGCCAACGAGGCCGAACUUGACCACGACGACACAACCGAGACGGAUCAAGCCAGAGACCAAAAAGACCACCACACACGCGACACCCAAGUUCAAUCAGACGCUGUGGAAGACACGACUGCACCUGGUCCGCAUGCUGCCCAGGCGCACCACAAGCCCUGA